UGCUUAGUACAUGUAAGGGUUUUUAGGGUUUAGGAAAAGAAGAAGCCAAACAUUCACCUAAGCCACUGUUCUUCUUUACGCUCUCAAAGAUGAUUACAGGUGGAAGAAGCUUGAUUUCUUCACAACCUGCUUUCUCAAAUGAUGCUAAGAAGCUUCUUGUAUGCACUGGAAACACUGUUUCUAUUUAUAGCACAUCAACUGGUUUACAGAUUGCUGAAUUGGAAGGUCAUAAGGGAUUGGUGACAUCGGUGUUGGUAGUACCAUCUACUACUCCUGCAGGCAAAAUAUUGUGCUAUUGUUGGACUGCAUCAGAUGAUGGUACCAUUAAAUAUUGGGAUUUUUCGGUUCCGGAGCUGAUGAAAAGUAUUGAUGUUCAGUUUCCUAUUCACUCAAUGGUAAUUCCAGGUUUAUCAUCACAUCCCGCAGAGAGUAGUGAAAAGCCCUCUGAUCUUUUUGCAUAUGUAUCUACCAAAGUGUUCAAAGAACAGAAAGGAGAGAGUAAUGCUUUAUGGUGGCAGAUAAGGAAGUGUAACUUAACCAAGUCUACUUUGAUUGGUGGAGUGACUCUGGCUGAGAGUCAAAACGCACUGUCUAUAACACUUAGCUCCUCUGGAAGAUACAUGGGCAUCUGUGACAAGCGCAAGCUACGCAUAUGGGAAAUACCAACAAAAGAUUCUGAUCAAGCAGUGCUUCAGAAAAUCAGAUUACAUCAUACGAAAACCCUGAGCACUCUAGCUUUUCAUCCAACAGAGAGAAUUGUUGCAGCUGGAGAUGUAACUGGAAGGAUCUUAAUAUGGAGGGGUGUUGGGGAUCAUAAUUUCUCAUCUAGAAAUAAACAGAGAAAUGGAGGACUAAUGAAGGAUAUGGAGGAAAGCCCUGGUGUUAGGGGAAACGAUGAUGCUGAUUCUUGUACCACAAGGCAUUGGCACUCUGCAGAAGUGAAAGUUCUCUUUUUUUCUUCUGAUGGCGCCUAUCUCUACUCAGGUGGGAGAGAAGGAGUUCUCGUGGUUUGGCAGUUAGACACAGGGAAGCAGAAAUUCCUCCCGCGAAUAGGAUCCCCCCUUUUGUAUUUUACCAUCUCAUCUGAUCCUUCUUUGUCCUCUAUAUCUUGUGCAGAUAACCGAAUCCACCUUCUUAAAAUGCCUUCGAUGGAGGUAUUGAGAUCCAUUCAAGGAAUCAAGCUUCGUAGCACACUUCUGGAUAGGUCUGAUGGCUCAUCUGAAGGAAUUGUUUUCGACUCUGCCACGGGACUAGUUGCCAUACGUUCAGAAAAUUACUGUAUCCAGUUCUAUAGCUUGUUUGAUGACCGUGAGAUUUCUGAGGUUCAAGUUUGCGAAAGAAGCCACCAACCAGCUGAUGAAGUCACGGUGGUAGUGGAUUUAGUUGCUCUCUCUCCAGAGGGUUCUGUCAUGAUUACUGUAGAAACCAGGCUUGCUGAAGAAGGAAUAGGAGGUCUUGUAAGUCUGAAGUUCUGGUCGUGCAGCUCUUCAAAUAAAGACUUCAGCUUAUCCACUGUUGUCUAUGAGCCCCACAGAGAUUCUGGUAUUUUGUCCAUUGCUUUCCAUCCUUCACGUCACAUGGCUGUUACCACCUCGACGGGUCCUGAUUUCAAGGUUUGGGUCGGAAGUCAGGAGAUGCGACAAAAAGACCGGAAGCAAGAUGCUGGAUGGACAUGCCAUUCUGUUGGUUCUUACAAGAAAAAGCCAAUGACAGCUGCUGCCUUUUCCGGAGAUGGUUCUGUGUUGGCUGUAGCUGCAGAAAGAGUUAUUACGUUGUGGGAUCCAGAGAAGAAUAUUCUUGUGGCGACAGUUGGGGAGAGUCUUGAGCCAAUUUCUUCGUUAGCGUUUAUUGGGAAGUCAGAGUAUAUUGUAACCACAUCGCAAGGUUCUAAUGCACAAGUAUCAGUGUGGAGCAUGUCAAAGCUGUCUGUAUCAUGGUCUUACAAGCUUAAGAUAGAAGCUGUAACUUGUGCAAUGGAUGAUUCCUUGUUUGCCAUCUUGGUCCUUCUCCCAAAGUCAGUUGGAUCUGUGAUGUCCAAUGAAGCCACAACUUCGAGUAUGGAAGGGGUGAUCUUAUUAUUCAACGUUGGCGAUCCUGUUCCCGUAGCGAGCUGGUUUGUAAGAAAGGCAAAAGGUUCUUCACUUGCUUUCAUUCGUGGAAGUCCUAAGUCGGAGGAUGGUGUUACUGAUGGCAGAUCAGUGCAGUUGCUGUUAGCUUACCUAAACAUUGAUCAUGAAUAUGUGCUUUUUGAUCCAUUCAACAGUCACAACCAAAUACAUAAGAUAAGCCGAGGAAAUCUUGGUGAUCUUGAGGAAACAGGAAAGUUUGGAUAUGCAUCUAUCUAUGGUGACCUACCGGAAUUUAGCUUAGAGAGAAAAGAAGUCCCAUCUAUCACAUCAGUACCAUCAGAAAGACAUUGGGAGACACUAUUCAGUGGACCAUCUCACAAUCUUCCUCCUCUUACUAAAUUGUGUUCCACAUUCCUGGAAUCAUUAUUGCAGAAGAGGACUACUGCAGUUGAGUGAUUGCCAGUAGUGUCCGGUUGAGCUUUGUUGCAAGGCAGUCUCACUGGUCUAAUCUAUGUUCAUUGAUGAGAAGGCAACAUUGUUGUUCGGCUUGAUCCUGUUGUAGCUGAGAGAGCUGCAUGACAUGCACAUAUCGUACUCCCAUGGUGUGCUCAACUUAUAAUCACGUCCAAGAAUGAAGCAACCAUUUCGUAAAGCUGUCUGUGUUCAAGAAAAAAAAGCCCAGAUUAAGUGGGUUUGAAAAUUUUGGUAGCAUGAUUAGAUGUCUUUGUCUGGAUACUUAUUUUUGUAGCAUGUAACUUAUUGAGUAUGCCAUUAAGGCAGGAAUCGAAUGCUUCACGGUAGUCAUGUUGUGUUUUAUAGUGUAACAUUCAUAAGCGCAAAAAGAUAGUCACUAUUUAAA